CUCCUCUCUCUCUCAUACACUCAGAGAACCAGGAAGUAACUCCUCAUUUCAGAGAAAACAAAACUGAUCUCUGUGUGUGUGUGUGUGUGUGUGUGUGUGAGUGCAGGAAAAUGGCAGAAGCCAGUAUUUCAGCAGAUCAAUUUUCAGUGGACCAGUUCAGCUGUCCAGUCUGUCUGGAUCUCCUGAAGGAUCCGGUGACUCUCCCCUGUGGUCACAGUUUCUGUAAGGUGUGUAUUAAUGGCUGCUGGGAUCAGGAGGAUCAGAAGGGUGUCUACAGCUGUCCUCAGUGCAGACACACUUUCACUCCGAGGCCUGUUCUACGCAGAAACAACAUGCUGGCUGAAGUGGUGGAGAAACUGAAGAAGACUGAACUUCAAGCUGCUUCUCCUGCUCACUGUUACGCUGGACCUGGAGAUGUGGAGUGUGAUUUCUGCACUGGGAGAAAACACAAAGCCGUCAAGUCCUGUCUGAUGUGUCUGGCUUCUCUUUGUGAAAUUCAUCUGAAACCUCACCUAGAACUUCCUGCUUUGAAAAAACACACAUUAAUUGAAGCCUCAGCAAAACUACAAGAGAAGAUCUGCUCUCAACAUAACAGGCUGAUUGAGAUCUACUGUCGUACUGAUCAAACCUGCAUCUGUUAUUUGUGUACGAUGGAUAAUCACAAAGGACACGACACCGUCACAGCCACAGCAGAAAGAGCUGAGAAACAGAGUGAGUUAAAGCAGGAGCAGAUGAAAUCCCAGCAGAGAAUCCAGGAGAAGCAGAAGAAGGUGCAGGAGCUGAAACAGGCUGUGAACACUAUAAAGCUCAGUGCACAGACAGCAGUGGAGGACAGUGAGAGGAUCUUUACUGAGCUGAUCAGCUACAUGGAGAAAAAGCGCUCGGAGGUGACGGAGCUGAUCAGAGCUCAGGAGAAGGCUGAACUGAGUCGAGCUGAACGACUCCUGGAGCAACUGGAGCAGGAGAUUGCUGAUCUUCAGAGGAGAGUCACUGAGCUGGAGCAGCUUUCACACACACACGAUCACAUCCAUUUCCUCCAGGCUUUAGCUUCUGGACGUCGGUCUCCCUCACUUAAAAGACCAGAUUUUCACACAUCCAGCAUCACUGUCCAUCAACAUCUCUCAUUUGAUGGAGUGAGGAAUUCUCUCUCAGAUCUGAAGAAGAGACUCGAGGAAUUCUGUGAAGAGGAAAUUAACAAAAUCCCUCCACAUGCUGCAGCAGUUCAGAUCAUUUCAAUACCAGAGCCACAGAGCAGAGAAAAUUUUCUGAAAUAUUUCUGUUAUCUGACUCUGGAUCCCAACACGGUACAUCAUUACCUGGUUCUGUCUGAGAAGAACAGAGCGGUGAGGUACAGUGAGAGCGAGCAGCAGUACUCUGAUCAUCCAGAGAGAUUUGACUCUAUCAGGCAGGUGUUGUGUAAGGAGAGUGUGUGUGGACGCUGUUACUGGGAGGUGGAGUGGAGCGGUAUAUUAGGUGGUGUGUUCAUAUCAGUCUCAUAUAAAGACAUCAGAAGGAAAGGACGGGGUAAUGAGUGUGGGUUUGGAGGCAAUAAUCAGUCCUGGAGUCUGUGGUGUUCUUCUUCUUCUUCUCUUUGUUUCUAUCACAACAACAUUAAGACUGAUCUCAGAGUUCCAUCAUCCUCCAGAAUAGGAGUGUAUGUGGAUCACAGUGCAGGAACUCUGUCCUUCUACAGCGUCUCUGACACGAUGAAGCUCCUCCACAGAGUCCACACCACAUUCACUCAGCCUCUAUACGCUGGGUUUGGGUUCUACUCGUUUUCUACAUCUGUGAGAUUGUGUGAUCCAAAAUAAAGUGUGUAGUGUUUUAUGUAAAAUUCCUGCACAUUGUCACAUUGCUGCUCAGUCAUCUGUCUCACUAGCACACAAUCCAUCUGCACAAAAACACACUCAUUUAAAUGUAUUCAUUAAAACAGAUUAGUCAUUUUACAAUAAUUAAAAAGGAAAUGUUAAAAAUGAACUGUCAGACAAGAAACUAGUAAAAUUUCAGGAGAAAAGGAUGGAGGAGUGAGAAGUGCAGCGCGCGAGCUGUGUGAGUUGUGCUGAAAUCGGUGACACAGAGAAAUCUGUGACUAGAGGUCACUGUUCAGUAAAUGUUCAAGAUUGCAGCUUCUGUCUUUUCUGUUUAUGUUUUAUGAUUGU